AAACAUACCAGGUAGCGAUUCACUAUCCAACCAAAGUAUUCCAACAACCAACGUGACAGUUCAGAAUUUUUUGGUUUGGUUUGUCAAAUUCAUACUACUUUCAUAUAUUUAAAAAAAGUGUUGUCUUUUAAUGACUAAAGAAAACUUGGAAUAAACUGAUUUUAUUAAUAAAAAUGAAUGCCGGUACCGUAUUUCUUUUUCUACUUGGCAUAAUGAGAGGUCUUUCAUUUCCAACGGGAUGUGCAGUAGACGAAUGGCAAUGCUCAAAUGGAGCAUGUAUACAACUCACUUCAAAAUGUGAUAACUUUCCUGAUUGCAGUGAUGGUUCUGAUGAACAAAAAUGUACAGUGGCACCAGUUUGCUUAGAGGGUCUAGAGUCCUGUCCGCAACCAAAUGGAACAACUAUAUGCGUGGAAAAAGCGGUGGGUUGUGGUUGUGGGUUAGCACCAGACAUUGCCCAUGGAGUGAUUUCCAGUAACAGCAAUACAAUCGGAUCUUCGGCAAAUGUUACGUGUGAUGCUGGAUAUGAAACUGCUACUGAAUCGAUUCUGUGUCAAGAUACUGGCAUCUGGGAAACAGCCUUCUGUAGCCCUAAUGACUGCGGUCCAGUCGAGAAGAUCCAAUAUGGAACAAUAUACCUUAGUGAUAUUAAUAACACAACCUUCGGUGCCUCUGGAAGUGUUGUUUGUGAUGAGGGAUAUGAAACGCUGACACCAAUUACAACGUGCCGUAAGAAUGGAAAAUGGGACUCUGUUAUUUGUACAAGAAUAGGUAAUUCCGGACUGUACAUUCAUUAUAGAUAUUCAGGUAUAUGUAAAUUAAGAAUUUAAAGACUAUGAUAACAUAAGUCUUUUCGUCAUUAUUUUUUCUCGUAAGUUCUGAUAAAUUUGAAUGAAGUGGAAAUGUAUUACGACUAAAGUCACUUAUCUAAUUACGUAAGACGUUAAGUCGGAAAGUAAGCCUAUAUUCAUAAAUUAAAAAAAAAACAUGAAGUUUAUUUUAAGGAACGACUUAAACUACGUCUUAAAUGUAAUGUUGGUAAUCUUUGAAUGUAAAAGCAAAAGUUGACUUUGUGCAAUACUGUAGAAACUCUUAAUGUUACUACAGAUAUGCCAUGAUGCCAAUCUAACAUUUCCACUGGACUUAGAUCAUUCUUCACUCUAGUGUGUGUGUGUUGUUGUUGUUGUUGAUUUCCUUUUCUUUUUUAAUAAACAACCAUUUGAAUAUACUAUUGUUGUGCUAUUAUGAUCAUUUAUUUUCAUUCUGUACUGCGAACUAGUGAGUUUGAUAUUACGGUAUACAUAUAUGUACCUGACUUUUAAGAAUAUUGUAUUGUCAUAAUUUGCCAAGAUCAAAGAAGACCGACCGAAAGAACUUAUUACCCGAGUCAUAAUGAAAACAUAUGUUAACUGACAUUAUUGAAACAGUUUUACCUGUUUUAACCUUUAGCCUGCUAGCGGCAAGUGAUUCUGCCUUUGCGACCAGUGCAGAUCAAAUGUGCCGGCUGAUAAUGGUCUGCACUGUUCGCUAUUCAGUCAGUAAUUUUUCAGUGAACACCCCUUCGAUAAUAAUGGUAUUGCCCAAUUGAAUGAUGGACCAGUCCAAUUUAGAUAUUUAGCAGGGUAAGGGUUAAAUAAACUAAAUGGCAAUAACGUCGCAGUUGUCAAAAAAGAUGUGAAAAAAGCCACGCACUGUGUUAUAUGUUAGUGUGAAAAGUGCUUUAUAAACAUUAUUGAUAUGUAUUAAUUGUAUGUAGAUACGACGCUGAGGCUCUGGUGACCAGAAAAGCGUAAAUGGUAGUAAUGCAAUUACGUAUGU